AUGGUAUUCUUUCUGCUCCUCUUCGCCAUCUUUAUGUGGCUUCUGUACACACGGCGUUGCCCGGUUAUAGUUGCACGAGCGUGGUUCUCCCUGUGCCUGGUGCUGCUCGUCGUGAUGACCUUUGCUCUCUGCGCUCCCCUUCGCCUUGCCGCCGACAAAAAGAUCAUUAAAGCGCGCAGCUGUGAGAAGUUAUCAUGCAUCUUCAGCGGAAUUUUCCUCGGCAAGGCGCUGUGGUGGUUGUCCCCGCACAUUCACGUGCGGUUUCUUGAGGGGUCAUUGGAUUGGCGUGCCAUCGAGAGCAAAGGUGCGGUGGGUGCGUGUCACACAUCCUUCUUUGAUACGCUUCUUUUUCUCUGGCUCUGCCCCCUCAGUUUUCUCGCCAACUGCAAGGCAUUUGCAAAGAAGGCGCUCUGGAAAAUGCCGCUGAUGGGGGGCGUCAUCCGUGCGUGCGGACACUUUCCUGUGCAUUUUAACUCGCAGGACGAGAACUCCUUUGCGGUGGACAGAGAGAAGCAGGCAUUGGUCAUGGCGGAGGUGGAGACGUUCCUCGAUCAGGGCGGUGUGAUCUGUUUCUUCCCCGAGGGCGUUCUCAAUCGCACGCCAGAGACGCUCAAGGACUUCCGCAUAGGCACCUUCAGUAUGCUCACCAAGCGUCAUAUGCCGAUUCACUACAUGGUCUAUUCCGGCUCUCAGGAGGUGUGGGACCCGACGAUGAAGGGACUCCCAGGCUUCCCCGCCGACGUGCACUUCUUCAUUGGGAAGUAUGAGUACGACAGGGAUGCAAGCGGCGCGGAAGUGGCAAAGGGUUUGAGAGAAGCAAUGCAAAAGCAGCUGGACAGGAUGCUGGUGAAGCGGAAGAAUGAGAAAUACGUGGCACCAAUUCGCAGGUUUCUUGCCGGGUAA